AUGAAAUCAUAAUGUUACUUACAUGGUUAUCCACUAGAAUGUUAGAACUAAUUGCAAGAUCUUUAUAAUAAAAUACGUGAAGGAGAAGAGUUCAUAACACUAGAAAGAAUCUUUAAAUUAUUGAGAGUAUUAAUACUUAAAAUAUAUAUAUAUUAGACAUAUUAAUAUGAUGUACCCUUCUCCAAUUUAUGUAAAUUGCUUAGAAAGGCUAAUUAAGCAUGUCAUUAAAAUGCAAAGAAUCAUUUAAAUGAGUUAGCAUUCCAUCAAUUACUUCAUAAUCAUGAUAUACAAAUGAUUUAUAAACCAAAGAAGGAUGAAACUGUAAAUACACCUCCAACAUUAGAUGGAUUAUUUAAAAGAAUAGGAGAAUAGAUUGAGAGGAAAAGAUUGUAAGAGAAACUGAAUGAUGAUAACAUCACAAACAAGGAGAAGUUUAAUUUUAUGCUGCAAUUAUUAUAAGUAGGGUCUCCUAGAAAUGAUAGAGAAAAUUCUAUUGUAAUAGAGAAAAUAAAGAGUGUUAGGAAAUUUAAAGAUGAUGAAUUCAAAUUAUUGAUUAAACCAAAAAAACCAAAGAGAAAGGCUGAAAGUAUGUAGGAACCUCCAUAAGUAAUUGCAGAAACUAAGUUUACUAAACUUCCAAAUGCUACACUACAUUUUCCAACUAGUAGAAUUAGAAAAUUACAUGAUCAUAUGAUGUAAUAGAUGGAUGAAAUUAGAAUGGAUCCAAAUGUAUAAAAAUUGAGCAAUAUAAUUCAUAAAUCAUAGGGGAACCUGUCAAUCAGGUUACCAUAAAUUUAAUAUAUAUGAAACCACAACGAUAUUAAAUGGAUUUUAAUCUCUCAAAGUCAUAUAUGCCAUAGAAAAUACAAAUGAAUCGUGAUUCAUCAGCCAAAAAGCUCAGCAACUCAGAAGUGAAUGCUGCUAUGCAAAAAUACUUUUAAUUACUCAAAAAGAAAGAGGGAAAAGUUUAGCAUCCAAUAAUCACUCCAACUCAAUCCUCUAAGAUUUUAAGCUAACUUGUGACCAAAGUCUCCCCAUAACUAGAUAUUCAAUUACCUGUUAAACCCCCAACUCCAACUGGAACUUAAUCAUAUCGACCAUCAACUGAAAAGAAACCACAUCAUCGUCCUUAGCAAUCUGUAGGUUAAAGCAAGGAUCUUAUUCUGAAAAAGUUGUAAAGUGCUUUGUUUUAGAAGCCAAAAACACAAUCAUAACAGGUUACUCCUAAAAGUGCUGGAAAAGGCAGUCUAAGUGUUAACAAAUAUUUUGAGAGUACCAAGAAAUUAACAUCAGAUCAACCACAAUAUUAUAUAACUAAAGUUAAGAAUGCUUUCAUGAAACCUAUUCAUGACGAUUAUUUUAGUAGAAUGUAUAGAGAGCAUUUUUUUUAAACAUAUUAAGGAAUAUAUGUUGCUUCAUAUUUAUAGCCAGCUGAUCCUAAAGAUCUUAAAAACAAAUAAGUACGUCUUAAAUAAAAGGAUAUUUAUAAAAGUAUCAAUCUAUUUAAACAUAUUUAUAGAUAAAAUUAGUAUUGUUUUUGAUCUUGAUGAGACUUUGGUUCAUUGUAAUGAAAGUCUAGCCAUUCCCAGUGAUGUAAUUCUUACUAUUUAAGUAUCACCUCAAGAAACAAUUAAAGCAGGAAUCAAUAUUAGACCUGGGGCAAUUAAAUUACUUGAAUUAUUAGUCAAUGACUUUGAAUUGAUUGUAUUCACUGCAUCACAUCCUUGUUAUGCUUAAAAAGUUAUUGAAUAUCUGGAUCCUAAUAAGACAUUAAUCUCUCAUAGUUUAUAUCGUGAUAAUUGCAUAAUGACUACUGGUGGUAUGUACACUAAGGAUUUAAGAAUAUUUGAUCGUCCAUUAAGUCAAUUAGUUUUAGUUGACAAUGCAUCAUAUUCUUAUGCUUGGCAAUUAGAAAACGGGAUUCCUAUUAUCCCAUUCUAUGAUAAUAAGGAGGAUAAGGAAUUGGAAUCUUUGUUAAAGUACCUAAGAAAUAUGUAAGGUUGCAAAGAUGUUAGAGAUUACAAUAAGUUUAUUAUAUAUCUUAAUAAUUUAGAGAAAACCUUAAAUUGUAUCAUUUCUAGGAUCCAUCAGGGCCUGGAGCAGUAUAUGAGAAAUUGUUUCAAUAGAAGAUGGAAAUCUAAUGA